UUCCAGUUCAAAGUGCAACGAACGUAGUAGAAACAAACAUUAUCAAAGUUAAUGCAUAUCGAAAGAAUAUCAUCUGGGAAAGUGGGUUUUUUUUAAUGCAUCUUAGAUUCUAUUCGGAGAAUGCAUACCAACACAAUCUUUUGAACUAAAAAAGGAAACGGGGAAGAAUCGAUUUUCAGAAUGCAUUUUAAACCCAGAUUCUAAUGCAUAGCAAACAAACCUUAUUAUUCUUUCAGGCGUCUAAUUUUUCUGUUUUUUAAGCAAAAUUCAAGGUUCCACUUGAAGUGGUCUCGUACUCACGUGAGAUCGAAUUAUCACCUGGUUGUCCAAGUCAUCAUCUAUCACCUGUCUCAAUUUCUGCCAUCAGAAGGAUAAAUAAGGAUAUAUUAAAAAAAAAAAAAAAAAAAAAACAAAGGACAGAUAUUGAAUGCUGAUUCAGAACAGCUGAUCCAUCGGUGUGCGGUUCUCCAGAUCAGUGGCUGACCAUUAUUGUCAUGUCUAACAGACUUCUGCUCUACAAGAUUGCCACACAUUAAGUGUCCAAGGAGAAUGACAUGCCUUCAGGCUUGUUCCGCACUACAUCUACAAUCGUUACGCUAGCUAGAACGGGGCGGAUAGUUUCUGCGAGAAAGCUGUUCGAUGAAAUGCCGCAGAGAGAUUCCAUUGCUUGGAAUGCUAUGCUCGCUGGUUAUUCCCAGUCGGGUCGUGCCCAAGAAGCCCUCUCUCUUUUCUGUCACAUGAGGGUUGCCGACAUGGUGCCUGAUAAUUUUUCUUUCACUGCCAUUCUGAGUGCGUCGGCAGAUGCCGGCGAACUCCUGUAUGGGAAGAGGAUUCACGCACUCGUCAUUGGUCUCGGCUACCAAUCUUAUUUGCCCGUCUGCAAUUCGCUUGUAGACAUGUACGGCAAAUGUCAUUCUCCGUGCUGUGCUGUUCAAGUGUUUGAUGAGAUGAACCUCAGGAAUGAAGUUUCGUGGUGCUCCACUUUAUUUGCUUAUGUGAAAGCCGGUCAGCUUGGUGAUGCCCAUGAGCUUUUCGAUAGAAUGCCCAGUAAGGGGGAAUUUGCGUGGAAUAUGUUGAUUGCUGGCUAUGCUCGUUGUGGAGAGAUUGAAUUGUGUUUGAGCUUGUUCAAAGAUAUGCAACAAGCUGCUUGCCAGCCCGACCUCUGCACAUUCACUGGCCUCAUGAACGCCUGUGCUGAGGUAGCGGAACUUCGCUAUGGGAGCAUGGUGCAUAGUUGUAUCAUCAAAAGCGGUUGGAGCUCUGCCGUAGAGGCUAACAACUCAAUUCUUAGUUUCUAUGCCAAACUAAGCUGCUUGCAUGAUGCUGUGAAGGCGUUUGCGUCUGCAAGGACUCGAACCCAAGUUUCUUGGAAUGCCAUGAUUGAUGCGUUCAUGAAGGUUGGAGACAUUGAUUAUGCUCUUGCUCUGUUUUGGCAGUCACCUGAGAAAAAUAUCAUAUCAUGGACAGCUAUAAUCUCAGGGUAUGCAAGGAACGGGCAUGGAGAAGAAGCCCUUGUCUUCUUUGUUGACAUGAUGAGGAAUCUUAUCAAACCAGAUGACUUUACCUUUGGGGCCAUCCUUCAUGCUUGUUCUAACUUGGCAGUUCUUGGGUGUGGUAGGAUGGUACAUGGCUCUGCUCUCCGCCAUGGUUUCCAUCCCUUCACCUACGUGGGCAAUGGCUUAGUAAACAUGUACACCAAGUGUGGUGACUUUGAAGGAUCAUGUCAAGCUUUUACUGAUAUAAUCAAUAAGGAUUUGGUCUCUUGGAAUGCAAUGCUAUUUGGAUUUGGGCUACAUGGUAAAGCUUUUGAAGCUAUAAAACUUUUUGAAGAGAUGGUGGGUACUGGAGUAAGGCCUGAUGAGGUGACCUUCAUUGGGUUGUUAAUGGCGUGUAGUCACUCGGGGCUAAUAGAGCAAGGCCUUGUAUUUUUUGAAUUAAUGGCAUCAGCUUAUGGAGUUUCUCAUGAAGCAGAUCACUUAACAUGCAUGGUGGACAUGCUUGGCCGGGGUGGGUACUUGAAAGAAGCAAGAGAGUUGGUUGAAGAAUAUUCAAGUACAGUAAGUAUGAAGACUAGCUCACAUGAAGCUCUUCUUGGCGCAUGUGUUGCGUAUGAAAAUGUGGGACUUGGGGCAAAGGUAGGAGAGGAUUUGAUGAUCAUAGAACCUCAGAGAGAACUGAGCUACGUGCUGCUAUCAAAUUUGUAUUGUGCAAGUGGGAAAUGGAAGGAAGCAGAGAAGGUGCGGAAGGCAAUGGUGGAGCAAGGGGUAAAGAAGAUGCCUGGUUGUAGUUGGAUUGAAGUGGGAAACAGGGUCAUGGUCUUUGUAGCUGGGAAACAUUCAUAUCCUCACAUGGAAGACUUGUAUACAAUAUUAAAUUUUCUAAAAUCUGAAAUGAGAAAUCCAAAUUUGUUUGGCUUUGAAAACUAUAAAGCAAGGAUGAAACCCCCGGAUGUUUUUGUUUGUGUAAUUACACUAAAACAAAAUUAG